AUGAAAGGGAUCUAUUCAGUGGCCGUUUUAUCCGUGGCCACGUUGGCCGCCUUUACAUUCGGCCAGUUGACGCAAGUCAAAAUCCCGACGGAAUGUCCUGAGGUUGACCCGAUGAACACUACAAUCCAUCUUGCGCACGAGACCGACUGCACGAAAUUCUACAUGUGUUUCAUGGGCAAUAAAAUAGAGAAGGAUUGUCCCUUCAUGGACAAAGCGCAUACCAAGAGGUUGCACUUCAAUCCCGAGCUGCAGGUGUGCGAUUGGCCGUUUCAAGCAAACUGUACGAAUCGCCAUCAUUCAACCACAACUUCAACGACUACGACGAGCACAGAACUUCCGACCACGACAACCACGACGACAACCACGACAACGACGACGACCGAGACACCGAUUUUAACGAUUACCGUCACGCCAUCGACGAAAACGUCCUCGGGGACGGAACCGACUAUCAUCGUUCCGUCAUUGUCGACAGCUAAGUCGACACCAUCUUUACCAUCUCCGACACCGACCUCGAUGCCAUCCUCGACACUAUCGACAUCACUACCGACAUCACCGGAGCCUGAUGUCUGUCCCAAGAACACCAAUGGCAGGACCAUCAAGGUACCCCACGAGUUCAGAUGCGAUUCCUACUACCUGUGCACCGACGGCGAGAAGAACAUGCAAACAUGCCCACCCGGGUUUCUCUUCAACCCGCAUCCGAUGAUUCGUAACUGCGACUGGCCGGAUAACGUAAACUGCAACGACAAGCCUCCCUUGGCCGAGUGUCCGGAGGGCCCAAGCGGGACGAAGUUGCCUCACGAAUGCCAAUGCGACAGAUACUACGAGUGUCAUGACGGCGAUAUGAUUCUGAAAAGGUGCCCGCCGGGUCAGGAAUACGACUACGUUCGAGAGCUUUGCGGCUCUCCAGAGUCAGUGAAAUGUGUCCGACCUAUUCCGAAGACCACCGUGACACCUACUCCUUCUGGAACAUUCGUGACUGACUACUCCGGCGAGUGCCCGGCCGAAGAAGAGGGUAUGAAAUAUUCGCACGAGAUCAAGUGCACUGAAUAUUACGAAUGCGUGAACCAGCGGAAAAUUCUGAAGUUUUGCCCGGCCGGUCUCCACUUCAACCUCAUCCUGCAGAUGUGCGAUUAUCCUCCGGAUAAUAAGGAGUGCACGAUACCCACUCCGAUAUUGACUCAGACACCGUCUACCUUAGUAACAACACCCAAACUCUCACCUUCCAGCUGGUGCGUCGGUAAGAAAGACGGCUCUCAAGUGCCUCACGAGUACGACUGCUCGAAGUAUUACAGAUGCAAGAACGGCGACAGAAACCUGCAGACAUGUUCUAACGGUCUUCACUUCAACCCGGUUAUCGGGGCCUGCGACUUCCAGGAAAACGCCCGCUGCAACUUGAAGGUGGAGUGCCCCGCCGAGGGAGCCAGCAAGAUCCCCCACGAGGACAACUGCAAUUUCUACUACGACUGCUUCAACGGCGAAAAAAUGCUGCGCCAGUGCUCGGGAGACUUGCACUUCAACCCUGUUCUGAACGUCUGCGACUUCGCGGAGAAUUAUCCCUGCGAGCAGACCGCAGAAGAGGAUGCCAAAACUGCCUGUAUCGGCAGCUGCCCUUGGGAAGAUCCGAAAAACUACACGAUACUGAUCCCGAACAAAGACUGCCGCAAGUUCUGCAUGUGCAGCAACGGCAUAGCGUACGAGCAGUCCUGUCCCAAAGGCCUGAAUUUCGACUACCUCAGGUUCGUCUGCGACUUCCCGGGGAGAGCAAAGUGCAAGGUACCUCCGAAAGAAGUUUACAAGAUCAACGGGGAGAACGAGGACGUGAACAAGGAGGACGAUUGGUUUGAUUAUGCGAGCGAGGAAGAUAACAGUGCUGAAAAAACGCACGGAAAUCCCCGGUUUAGGUCUAACCUGGUCUACUAA